AUGAAAAAACAUCUAUCUACUGUUUAUCGGAAAGACAGCAUGCUGAAAAGCUUUUGCUUUCAUCCAUCAUUGAUCAAUGCUUCGUAUUCGUUCGCACGAUUAUUUAGAAGUGAAUUAUCUCAAACAAGGACGGAACGCAGAGGAGCCAAUAAUAAUGAAAUUUCAUCAUCCGCAACAAUUAUUCCGAAUAUUGAGACUUUGAGAGUUAAAAAUUUAAUAAUUGGUGCUGGUGUUGUGGGAGUUGCUUGUGGAGCAAGAUUGUCAAUGGAGAACACUAAGAAGCAUGAAUUUAAUGAUGAUUGUAUCCACACAUUGGUGGUAGAGAGAAAUGAGCAUAUUGGGCAAGAAAUUUCUUCGAGAAACAGUGAAGUUAUUCACGCUGGGCUAUAUUACGAAAGCCAAAGUUUAAAAACUAAAUUAUGUGUUUUGGGAAAUUCUUUAAUUUAUUCAUUCUGUGAAAGAAUGCAAGUGCCACAUGCAAGAAUUGGAAAGUGGAUUGUGGCAAAUUCUCAACACUUGGAUCAAGUUCAAUAUUUGCAAAAUAUGAAGCAAAAAACGGAUCAAAUCAUUGAUCAAUAUCAUGCACAAGUUAAAAAGUUGCAGUUUCUAUCUUCAAAAGAAAUUCGAACAAAAGAACCAAUCUUAUCGUGCGAUGUUGUACUCUUUUCUGAAAGUACUGGCAUAAUUGAUACACACACGUUUAUGUCUAGAUUGUCUGACAUUAUUGUAAAUAACGGUGGACAAGUUGUCACCAAUACCAAAGUUAACAGAAUUUAUAGAAACUCAUUUGACGAAUAUUUAGUGGAAGCGAAUUGUUUGAACAGAGACGGAACCAUUGAUAGGGUGAAUAUUAUUACUGAAACGAUUGUAAACAGCGCUGGAUUAGAUUGUGAAAGAAUCACUCAACUAGCAUAUUCUGAAUUUAUGGGAGAACAUUCAAUAUUGCCUGAACAUUAUCAUUUGCAUUAUUUCAAAGGACAUUACUUUAAGAACAACAAUAGGACAUUCAAAGUUAAUCGCCUGAUUUAUCCAGUGCCUCCCGACAGCAAAGGUUUAUCUCAUGGAUUAGGAAUUCAUGCAACCCUUGAUUUGGAUGGAAACUUAAAGUUUGGUCCAGAUUCAGACUACAUUGGAAAAGCCAGAACUCUUUUUCCAGAGCAAUAUUUACCUUCCAAUGUAAUUGAGCGAGACACGCUUUCUACUUUGUUAUAUCCUCACUACAAGAUUGAAAGCACCAUUACCAGUCAAAAGCGUGAAAUAUUCUAUCAAUCUAUAUCAAAAUAUUUAAAUGGAAUAGAUAAGGAGAAUUUACAACCAGAUUAUGUUGGUAUUCGCCCAAAGCUCCAAAAACCAGGUGACAAGUUUAAGGAUUUUAUCAUUGAACCACUGGGAGCUAUUCUGCCCGAUAAGACAGAGGGAUCUCUAGCGUCUCGUUUCAUCUCAUUGUGUGGUAUUGAAUCACCAGGACUGACAUCGAGUUUGGCAAUUGCAAACUAUGUUGCAAAUGAUCUAUUGAACUAUUCUUCCAAGUGUAAUUUCAAAUAA